AUGCCGCCCGUGCUCACCCGCGCUCUUCGAGCCGCCAAAAUCGACCCAGCAACGGUCACUCAACGUGGAAACGUCCUUACUGCCGAUGACGGGUCCACCUACUUUGCCCGUACCUCCCGAGAUAUCAAGCAGAUCACUGGCGAGGUCGAGUCGCUUCGGGCGCUCGGGAGGGCGUGCCCGGAGCUGGUGCCCAGGCUGUUCGCCUUCGAGGUUGAUGACGAAGCGGGCGAGGGGGCGAUGGUCUCGCAAUACUUCGACCUGGUCGGCGGGUCGUCCCGGGGAGAUACGCAGCGGGAGCUAGCCAGGCGGGUUGCCCAGCUACACACAGUCUCUGAGGACGAGGGAAGGGAAGGGCAUAUGGGGAGAUAUGGUUUCCACGUGCCGACCCACUGCGGGGUGACGGAGCAAGAUAACACGUGGGAAGACAGCUGGGAGGUGUUCUUCCGGGAUAGACGGCUGGGGGAUCUUGUACGAAGGAUAGGAGACAACAAGUUGACUGCGGCCUGGGUUGAGAUGAAGAGGAAAGCCAUUCCCCUUCUUCUCAGCGAUAUCCGCCCCGCUCCCGAACCCGUCAUUCUGCACGGCGACCUCUGGUCCGGCAACACAGGCGUCGAUGCUAAGUCCGGUCAGCCAGUCAUAUACGACCCAUCCAGCUAUUACGGGCAUAACGAGGCGGAUCUGGGAAUCAUGCGGGUAUUUGGAGGUUUCAGUCCAGAGUUCUUCGACGAAUAUCACAAGGUACACCCUCGCUCAGAGCCGUAUUAUGAAGAGCGACAGAAGCUGUAUCAGCUAUAUCAUCACCUGAACCACGCGCUCAUGUUUGGCGGAGGCUAUCCCAGCUCGUCAUUGGCUAUCAUGAGGGAGCUGGUCCAAUGGUCUGUGAGCAUAUAG